UAAAAACAGCAUGGAAGCUCUUUUUGGACAAGCUAUGAAGGAUAGCGCGACACUGCGGAAAGGCGAGGUGCCAUGGAAGGACGAUGAGCCUCAUGCACAAUCCUACUACGCCUUUGACUCGGAUACUUCGGCUUGGGUCGCAAAGACCCCGUCGGAGGAGACGACCGGAAAUGGCGGGAUCAACGGGAUCGCGCUCUACAAUUGGAACAUCGAUUUCAUGCUCCCCUUUGCUGAGGCGCGCAUGAAGCCAGCGCUGGCCUACCUCGGCAGCCUGGUAGGCUCCAACCUGACAAAUCUGGCUCCAGUCAUCUUCCUCCAAGAGUGCACGCCCUCGGACUUGGCCACCAUCGCCGCCACGCCAUGGAUUCGAGAACGAUUCCAUUUGACGGAUCUGGACACGACCAACUGGGCGACAAAUCAUUAUGGCACAGUCACGCUGAUUGACUCACGUCUACCAAUCACGGCUGCCUUCCGUGUGCACUACUCCAAGACGCGCAUGGAUCGCGAUGCCUUCUUCGUGGAUGUCUCUGUCGAAGGCAAGACGGUCCGCCUCUGCAACACACACCUCGAGUCCAUGGUCUUCAAUCCACCCUUCCGCCCACCCCAGAUGCAGAUCGUAGCUCAGUACCUGCGCGAGGACAAGGUCCACGCCGCACUAGCUGCGGGAGACUUUAACGCCAUUCAGCCCUUCGACCGGACAUUGCACACAGACAAUGGACUAAAGGACGCAUUCCUGGAGCUGGGCGGAAAGGAAGAUACCGAGGAGGGCUAUACCUGGGGCCAGCAGGCAGCGACAAAGCUAAGGAAUCAGUUUGGAUGCUCGAGAAUGGACAAGGUCUACUUCUGUGGUGGCGCCGACGUGGUCAAGUUUGAGAGGUUUGGUGAAGAUGUGUUGAUCGAGGGAGAAGAUGAAAGCAGCCAAAUCGUGGCGCUUGGGUUUGAAAAGGCUUGGGUGACAGACCAUCUUGGCAUCAAGGCCGAGGUCAAGAUUCUCGGGGAUAAGAGCACGAGCCGUCUUUAGAACCAUCGAGAGAGAGUCCAAGAAGAAUCCAUGAAUAGAGUUUCUACGCCUCCGACACACCUCGAGCUUGACCGCCUUGGCUCAUCACACACGCCAGCCCAAAGCCCUUGCCCAUGGCUUGCCCCAUGGAAUGCAAAUCAACCACCCAAUAAAAACCCCGUCUCCCUGCUUAGUUCACGAACCAAACAUCGAACGACCCCUCUUUCUCCA